AUGCAACCACAUGCCGUUAAGAAGAGAAACCUUGAAAACGAGGAGCUGGAAGUUUCGUUCGACUGGCAAGGCUUUGUAGACUACGCCUUUCAAACGAAUGAGUCACUGGUUCUCGAGAUCUUCAAUAAUUAUCCAGCUCAUGUCACAUUCCGUUGCUGUGGUCAACUGCUUCUGGAGUCCGUCUCUCCAAUCGUGAAUAGUUCAAUGUCACUUGGACCAUUUUGGGUUCAAUAUUUUCGUGAGCUGGUUUAUGAGAAGAGAUGCUCUCAAGACAACAACCUCAUCAUGAUCGCCACCCCGGCCAACCAACCAUCCAUUUCAUUCGAGGUGACAUUCAAUUUGACCCGAUUCAAAGGAUGUCUUGCGAGUCAGCGCGCUAACAGUGAAUUCGAGGAGGUAAACAUCCGACAGGACGCUAAUCGUGUUGGAAUGUACAAUGUUAAAAUUGCAGGAAUUAUUACUAAAGCUCUUACUCACAAAACCACAGAGCAGAUGGUGAUCUCAUAUGAAUCCGGUAGACCCAUCAGUCUCCGUUUCACGAAGUGCAAUCUGUUAAUCAAGGAAAUAAUCACAUUCAAUGCCAAUGAACAUUACAAAGUAGAUGAGAACCUGCUGAAAAAGAUAAGAAUGCUCGACCAAACAGUUUGUGGAACCGAAAAUAUUGAUUCGGGAAUGAGUGUUAUGGUGAUUUCCGAUCACCGUUUAGUUACUACUCUCAAGUUUUAUCUGCAACCAGUUACACCCACUACUAAACCGCCUGAAACAACCACAACCGAAGCUUCCGGAAUAAUCAACGUUGAGGAACCAGGAAUGAUCAGAUUUCUAAAUUGGUUUGGCAAAGGAAAAGUUGUGAAUGAUUUAAGACAUAUUCUUAAUACAUCUUCCAACUUUAUGAUGAUGCUUGAUAUCUGCUCUUCCGAACCGAUCACCUUCUCUCUUGAAAAACAACACAGGGAAAUAAUUGGACGGUCGAUCCCAUUCAAAGAAGAACGGUUUUAUUUUGCUGAACCAUGGAUUCAAUAUUUCACAAGUCUCUCCAGAGUUGUAACACCCGGUGAAGGUCAUAAUUUCACUCUGAUAUUUUCUACUGGUGAAAAGAAAGCGACAGGACACUUCCGUUUUGCCGAGACAAACUGGAUCAAGGUUCAAGAUGCUCGAAAGAUGAACACCGACGGAAUGAUCCAUAUUCAUCAAGACUCGAUCAAUCCGGUGUCAUUUUAUCCUGCACUAGGAAAUAUCAUAGAAAAUGCAAUCCAAAAUCAAUCGCUCACUCUUCGGUUGAACUCGAAUCUGUCUGAGACGAUUAAUAUUGGAAUAGGAAAAUGUGAGACAAACACGGUAGUCAUCCAAUUGAAUAGAACAGACUCCCUGUCUAUUGGCGAAGAUUUAUUGGAUCAUAUGGACAGAAUGAACAAUUUGUUCUGCACUUUGCAUCGGAACUUGAGAAGAUUUGCUCUGACCGUCUCCUCUGCGAAUCCAGUCAAUGGCACACUACGUUUUGAAUUCGAUGACCCGAUUGAAGAGGAGUUGGUCCCUGUCUACACCUUUAUUGCGGGAAUCAUCUUUGGUCUUUUGGCUGUCGCUGGAGUCUGUUUCUUCCUUGUUCAAUUCCGUCGUAGACGUGUUCAGCGCAUCCUCAGAGAGAAGAACGCAGUCAUGGAACUUGAAAACAUUCGACUGCUUAAUUUGUUCAAUGCCAUGGAUAAUUGUGAAGAAGUAGCUAAUAUUCAAUCAAGUUCUGAAUCCCAUUCUGACAUAAUCGAACAAUUGGAUGCCAUAGAUCGAGUUCGACAUAGAAGGGGGAGACUGGAGGAAAUCAGAAUGCCCCAUGACACCGACACAGUUUGUUUCAGUCAACAGAGCCAGCCAAGUACCUCGGUUUGGGUGGUGAAUGACAGUUUUUUAAAGAGAGAUGCGGUAUCGGUGUCGCGAUCUACGAUCGACGGCUUCAACCAACGUUUCAACCGACUGCCACCGCCGCCGCCGCCACUGUCAGAAGAUAAGGAGGCACACGAUGAUGACACCUGUCCUUUUACAAAUUUCUCUCGUUAA